AUGCUCGUCUUUUUUGUGUUCUUGGCUGGAUUAACUGGUUCCGCAGCGUUGUGUAAUGUUGCUGGCACUAUUGCCGACUCGUUUGGUGACGGCGCCGCUGCUGGUCAAGGAAUGGCUCGUAGGUUGUUGUGGUUGUCUACGAGCGUUGGGCCGUCCCUUGGAGGUCCGGUUGGUGAACGGUUCGCUGAGAAUCCACAAAUGGGAUACCCCUGCCAGAUUGAUGUUACCAUUGGUGCUAUAUAUGCUACAGGCGUGGCACUGCUCCCCGAGACACUUGCAGGUGUUGUCAUUCCCAGGACGGGCAAACAGAAGGAUGGCGUCGAAGUGGAAUUGCCCAUGUCGCGCAGGAUCGUUCUGGAUGGCGCUAUCUCCGCGUUUACUAUGGCCCUUAAGAUCAUGAUCACUGAACCCAUCGUCCUCUCCUUAGGCUUAUACAACGAUCGGUUCUGUGCAUUUCCAAACAGCCAAGAAUUAGCUGAUGGUCGAUAUAUGGGCGGCAGCCUCACAUUCUUGAACUUCGCAGCCGCUGGGGUGAUCUCGUUCGUCUUGUUCGUGCCGGCUUGUCAGACGGGGUCGCAAGAAGAACGGCGGGAAAAUUCGUCCAGAGUCUCGUUUUUUGGGCUCCCUAGCCGUGUGCGGGCCCCUACAUACGGUCGACCUCCAGAGCUUCUCGACUGAAAUGGCUUGGUUUUCCAGUGUAUGGAACUUUCCCAUUUCAUUGUUCUGGUUCGCAUGGACGUCAGCGCCUGGCUUGGGACACACCUCGUACUGGAGCCCUGUCAUGGCCGCAAUUGCCCUCCUUGGUAUUGUUAACCCAUUUCUCUG